UGCCGCUGAAAAAACUAUUGGGUUCCAACGCCCUCCUAAACGAAACCAAUGGUACGACGAAGAGUGUCGCGAAGUUACUGCAGCGAAGAACGCAGCUUACAAAAGAACUCUGCAGUCAGCUGCAAUGCGGCCCGUGUGAGAUAACUACAGGGAAAAGAGAUCGGAAGAGAAGCGCCUCUUCAGACGCAAGAAACGAGAACAGGAGAAGCGUGAGCGUGAGCUGUUGGAGGAGUACAGGGGCAGGAAUGAUGCUCGAAAUUUCUAUCAACAAGUCAAGCGUCUGACACAAGGUUUCAAGACCAGAGGAUCAGCCUGCAGAGAUAAAAACGGAAAUCUGGUUAUGAUAAUAACCGAUAAUUCGGGCGUUCUACCACCUAGUCAUGCCGAAGUCAGAGUUGCCAUUCAGCGGCUCAAGAAUAACAAAGCGGCUGUCGCUGACGGCUUGCCCGCUGAAUUGUUCAAGACUGGCGGCGAUGAGCGGAUAGGGAGCAUGCAUCAGCUCAUCUGCAAAAUAUGGCUAGCAGAAAGCAUGCCCGACGAUUGGAAUCUCAGUGUUCUUAUUCCUGUACUGAAGAAGGGUCCUGUCUUACAAGGUCCUGUCUAGCGUCCUAUGUGGAAGACUUAAGCCGUUUGCCAACACACUGCUCGGGCCUUAUCAGUGCGGCUUCAGAAGUGGUAAGUCCACCAUCGACCAGAUUUUCACAAUACGCCAAAUACUGGAAAAGACCCAUGAAAAGCAAGUCGACACCCAUCAUCUCUUUGUCGACUAUAAAGCUGCGUUCGAUAGCCCGAUAAGGGAUUGCCUGUACGCCACCAUAUCUGAGUUCGGUAUACCAGCGAAGCUCAUACGGCUUUACAGAAUGACGCUGCGUAACACAACCAGCUCCGUUAAGGUAAGAAAUAACCUCUCCGAGCCAUUCAAUGCCGUUCGAGGUUUCAGACAAGGCGAUCCACUGUCAUGCAACCUCUUCAACUCUGUGAUGGAAGGGAGGCUCCGAAAAGCAGGUGUGCAUCGUAAUGGCACAAUUUUCAACAAAUGUGUCCAGCUCCUUGCGUACGCCGAUGACAUUGACAUUAUCGGCCGCUGUAAGCGAGAUGUCACCGCUGCGUUUUCUGCUAAGCACGGCAUGUAGGAACGUACGUCAUUGCGGACAACUAUAUAGUACCUUCGAAGUUGUGCCAGAAUUUAUUUAUCUUAGCGCCGCUGUUAACAGCAACAACGAUAUCAGCCUGGAAAUCAAACGGAGAAGCACUCUUGCUAAUAGGUGUUACUAUGGCCUAAGUAAGCAAUUGAGUAGUCGAGCCCUCUCUCGCAUGACCAAACUGACACUUUACAAGACGCUCAUCAUACCAGUGUUGCUUUAUGGCGCAGAGGCAUGGGUAGUGUCACAAAGCGAUGCAGCCGCUCUUGGGGUGUUCGAGAGAAAAGUUCUUCGUAAGAUCUUCGGUCCUAUGCGCGUUGGCGAAGACUACUGUUCAAGAACGAACAACGAGCUGUAUGAGCUCUACGCCAACAUUGACGUAGUUCAACGCAUCGCCAUCCAACGCCUGCGUUGGCUAGGGCAUGUCAUGCCUAUGGAUGAAGAAGCUCCAACAAAGAAGGUGUUCGAGGGCGACGUCCAAAGAGCCGACGCAGAGGAAGAUCAUUGCUCCGGUGGAAAGACCAGGUGGAGGAAACCCCAUGCUCGCUUGGUGUACAGAAUUGGAGAAGGCUUGCGCGGAGCAGAGGCGCCUGGAUAGAGCUAGUGAGGUGGGCAGUAACUCGGUAACGGGUGGUUAUGGCCACCUAAGUAAGUAAGUAAAUAGUAAGCUUAUUGGUCUAUAUGAUGACACGGUAGUUGGAUCUUUACCCGGUUUUGGCAAUGCAAUAGUCUCUGCCACUUUCCAGAGUUUCGCAAGAUAUUGUAAGCGAGACAUUGCAUUAAAAACCUUUCGUAAAUGUAUAAAUGCCUUGGUUGGUUGCUCCGCUAAUGCUUUUCCUGUUAUCAUAUCAUAUCCGGGUGCUUUUUUAUGUUUUAUUCCUUUUUGAUUAGUUAUUAUUUCGUGUGUAUUCGUCCGUUUUAUUUUUGUAAAAUCAUAGUGGAAGUGGUUUUGGUUGUUGAUUUUCUUUUCUUCGUCAUUUUAUAGAACUUUCUCGAACUAAUUUGCUUUUUCCUCUUUUGUAGCAGCCCAUGAAUUGUCAUCUUUUUUUAAUGUCGGUUGAUGUUUUAUUUGAGUUUUUAAGUUUUUAGUAGGUACAUUUUCAUAAAGAGUAGUUUGUAUCUUCAGAGGGAGUCAGGUUCUUCAAAUAGUUUUCGAUUUCUUCGUUAUUUCUCUUGUUUAAGGUAUCUUUUAUAAUUUUUGUAGCUAAGUUUAGUUUUCGUUUGUCGUCAGGUGAUCUAAUUUUUUGCCAUCUUUGUCUUAACUUCCCUUUUUCUAUAGUUUGCUUCUUAAUAGUAAUGCCAGUUGUUGGUGUAUUUGUUCUAUUGGCUUGCUUUAGCCGAUCUGAUCCCUGCUUCUAGUACUACGUCGUUGAAAUGGAUAAUGGCAUGUUGAAGGUCAAUUUGCGCUUUUAAUAUCACAUUUGAUAUAAGUUGAUGGUCAAUAUAGUUUCGGAACCUUUUCCAGUUGAUUUUAUAUAACUUACAUAUUCAGGUAAUAUCGGCGAGUGGUCAGAAGAUAGUUCAUAGCACGACUGAAUUCUUUGCAUCAGUUGGCCAAUAGGUAGGUUCUCCGGUACCUACUUAUAAAUCUGCAAUUGUGUUUGUUAAAUGCGUUAAUAAGAAUACGCCCCUUUUUAUUGGUGAGUCUUGAGCCCCAAUCGACGUUAAGCGCCUUUAUGUAUUUGUCGUAUUGAUCCGAGUUUAUUAUGUGUCUAGGUGGUCAAUAAAUGGAGGAGAAAAUACUGGUUCAUUUUUGUCAUAGAUUUGUACUGUCGUGGAUUGAAGAUGAGGCGUCGAAUACGAAUACCUUCUCCGUGGGCUCUUCCAGCAGGAUGGUAUGUCACAUACACUUUAUAAUUAGGGAAUUUCAGAAGUCUUUUGUCAGUGAAGUGUGUUUCUGCAAUCAAUGCUAUGUCAAUGUGUUUGUCAACUAAAAAUUGUUUUAGUUCUAAAUAGUGCUGUAUUAGUCCAUUUGCAUUCCAAAUUAGAAUUUUAAUUUUAUCGCUUUUGUCCAUUCAUAUUCUUUAAAAGCAUUGUAAUUAUAUUCAUCAUAUUUACCAUUUGGUUGAGUAAGGAUUUUACCAUGUCUUUAAGCUCUUCAAUAUCAUUGUUUUUUUUCAGAUUUGUUAAUCAGUUCCUGCUCUGCUUUAUGUUCCCUUGAAGAGGAUGCAACUUCAGCAUAGCUUACUCCGGGCAUUAAGUUUGGUACGGCGGUUGUUAUUGGUGUAUUAUUUUUAUUUGUUGUGUCUUGUUACGUAGAGGUGGAAGGCUUUGGAUUUUCAGUGCUUUAUAAAUUUCGCUUCCUUUGUAUCAUAGUUGGCGGUAUGCUUACUUCCACAUAAAGCGCAUUUAACUUCCUUUGCUUGGCUUUUGCAUUCCAUUGAAAGAUGUCUACCAGCGCAUUUCACGCAUACCAGACCCCUUGAACAAUAUUUUUUUUUGUGCCCAUAUUUCUGGCAUUUCGUGCACUGUGGAAUGGUGCGCUUAUGGUGAGGUGCUUCAAAAAUGACUAUGCAGUUCAUUAGCUUGUUUAUAUUGUAAAUGGCUUUGUUGUUAUCACUUGCAUGUAGUUCGAAGAAAAAUAAUGGUACGGGUUUUUUAUUUGUAUUAUAUUAGUAAUGUUAAGUACUUUGUCGCCUUUUCCGUUUAGUUUUUUUUAAUUUCUUCUUGGUCUGUAGAUAUACAGUCACGUUCUUUUUUUUUUAGCAUGUGGUGUAAUCAGUUAUAUAUUUGUAAAUUUUCUGCUUGAACACAAACUUCAUUAAUUUCUAAAAAUUUUAGAGUGAAGCUGUUAUUUGCUACUUAAUUUAAAGCACUCUUUAAUGUUUUUAUGCAUUCUUUAUUUGCAUUUCAGCAAAUUCUUCUCAUCAUCCACAUCUAAAGCUGCAAAUUUGUUUGCAGAAAAAUUUCCACUCAGUCAGUAAUUUGGCAGCUUACUUUAAUUGAGGGCAUGGUUUAAUUAUUAAAGGUUUGCUCAGUAAACAGCUUUCUCGUUCUCUCUUCACGAAUCGGCUCCCUUAGCAAGAAACUGUAUUGCUAACUCUAGAAAUUGUAAGUAAAAGGGGAGCAAAAGUUAAAUUUGUAGAACAAACAUAAUCGUUGACAUCAUUGUUAUUUGAUUUCUUCGUAUUCGCUGACAUUUGGAUUUCUGAAUUCGUGAAUUUGAGUUAUUUCCGUGCUGAUUUGAGCCUUUUCCUGUCCCUGUUUGUAAGUUUGUUUUUAAUCGUUUUCCUGCCAGAGAGCAGCACAACCGUUUUGCAAGUGCGUCAUACAGACACAAACACGUAAGUUCAAACCAAUGAUUAUGAGACUGUGUAACUAUCUAAUGAGUGAACCCGUUCGUUUACAGGUUUUCAACUGCUCAACUACAGCGCCACUCGUGUUUUAAAGACUAUACCCUAAGUGGUAUGUACAUAUGUAUAUAAAUUUUGCGUUACUUUUUUUGUCGGGAAUAUAGUAUGUUG